AUGCUUUGGAUAGACAGCAUACCGGGAAACGAUCACCGGCGUCUGCACAUUUGUCUGGCGUUGGCGAUCUGCACGUUCUUGAUCGUUGACACGAUCGACGCCGCGACGAACGAAAGCAAGGACACAUGGACCGGAUUCUCAACGUCGUGCACGUCGGAGGACUCGAAGAACGCGUCGGUCUCUUGUCAUGGAGUGCGAAUCGUACGGAAGAUUGUACAACAGCUACUGGAGACCACCAGCAAGGAACGGAACAUCGAACUGUUCGACGGGGUAUCUCUUGUCGAGGUGCCUGGAAGUGGUUCUACCCGAAAGGCUAGAGUCUUAAAGGGCUUUGGAGGUCUCGGACCCUUCCUACAGUUCCUGGAAGGUAGAGAAUUGAGAGUCAAGCUGCCGUCCUUACUCCCCCCGAAUCUCGAAACUGCCUUGAAGGAGAGCUUGCCCUCCGAAGCUGAAGCGAGGAAAGGCGAGGGAGGUUUAGGCGGUUUCGGCGGCGGCGGCGGCGGCGGCGGCGGCGGUUUCGGCGGCGGCAAAGGUGGGAAGAAGGGCGGUGGCGGCGGGCUCAUUAUAAUGAUGCUUAUGAUGGGUAAGAUGAUGGCUGCUAUGGGCUUCGGCGCAUUGGGUCUUUUAGCCAUGAAGGCGUUGAUGGUUUCGGCACUGGCUUUGAUGCUGUCACUGAUCGUAGCCGUAAAGAAACUAGCAGGUGGUCACGAUGAUCACGGCGGCCACCACGUCGUUUAUGCGCAGGAAGUUGGCCAUCAUCAUCGCAAAAAGAGAUCGUUCGAAGAUGUUGACGCCACACAAUUGCCCUACCGAGGAUACGCCCAUCUUUACGCCAACUUGGGACCGUCUUGA